AUCAGUGUAUGUAGAUGUAUGCAUUUAUGUAUGUAUCUUCUCCUUUAGAAAGAGGCUUAAACAUAACAAGUGCAUUGAUUCGUGUCUUGCCAACUGCGGUUCUAUGCAUUUGGGAACUUCAUGUCUAUACCAUGCUCACCCACGUGACGGUAUCUCUGCUGCCACGUGCAACUUGUGACAUCACGCCACAACCAUGUCAGUUCCACCUGCUCACUGGAGACAUGCUCUUAAUUUUGGACCCUGUUCGCAUCCCCAUUCACAUCCAUUAUCUUCCUUCAUAAAUGAUCUCCUACAGUAGUUCUUUCCAGAUCCUACUCUUCCGCUAUCUUGAGAGUUUCUCUUGGUGAGUCUCCUUACCCAUGGAUUUGGGGACAACAUCUACUUCCAAAAAGGUCCGGCGAGAGAGAACCCCAGGACGCUAUAAGGGCGUUCGAAUGAGGGCUUGGGGUAAGUGGGUUUCUGAAAUCAGGCUUCCAAAGUCGGGAGACAGGAUAUGGUUGGGCUCUUAUGAUGCCCCAGACAAGGCAGCUCGGGCCCAUGAUGCUGCUGCGUAUUGCAUUCAUGGUGAACGUGCAGAGUUCAAUUUUCCAAAGAAUAGAAGGCCAGUGUUCUCUAAGGGCUCGACAGUUUCCUUGUCCAAGAAGGAUAUACAGACUAUUGCAACAGAUUUUUCUUCAGCUGAUGUAUCAGAGUCUACUCCAGUGUCGUCUACAAUGACAACCCAGGUUCCGUCUGAUAAACCAGCUUCUCCAAAUUUACUGGUUUCUAAGGGUAUGGCAAGUGCAUAUGAAGUGGAUAGUGGUUCAUUUGCCCCAAGUUGCGCUACUGGAGAAGCUGUUGCUUCACUAGAAAAUAUACAAUUGGAUGAUUUCCUCAUGCUAGAUACAGAUUGGAUAGCUGAUUUUUAUUAGGACUUGGGAAAUUCAACACGUGCGACAUCCUCCAAAGAAGACAACCGUCUUCUUGUUUAUCUCCUCAUUGGUGUGUCUUGUGCAAAGUGUGUGAGGAAAGUGCGGAUCACUUGUUCUUGCAUUGUUCCUACUCUAUAAGGCUGUGGUGGCUCUUGUUGAAGGAAACUGAGGCUGUCUGGGUUAUUCCUAAAGGCUAUUUCGAGCUCCUUAGUUUUCAGUUUGUAGUCUAGGAAAAGGGAACCAAGC